AUGUAGUCCAGAAUAUUAUAUUUAGAAGCAUAAUAUACCUUAUAUUGGAGCUUAUUUUCUAAUUCCUUUAUAUACAUUUCAAGUUUUAUUAACUUAUCAGCAUCCCAUGGACUAUAUUUUGUUUUAUCUGCUCAAAUGCUUUCAAACUCAUUUUAUUUUAGGAUUUUUAUUUUUAUCUCUUCCAGCUGGAUUUUGCUAUUUCCCUUUCACUUCACAUGCAGCUUGUAG